AUGCAUCAGAAUCACCUGGAGGCCUUGUUAAAACCCAACAGCGGCCUGGUCCCACCCCCAGCGUUUCUGGCUCUGCCUGCACGGUUCUCCACACUCUUCCAGGGGCGGAAGAAAAUGAACACAUCUGAGGGGUCAGUGUCGUUCGAGGAUAUAUCUGUGGCCUUCACCCGGGAUGAGUGGCAGCUGCUGGACUCUGCUCAGAGGCACCUGUACAGGGAGGUGAUGCUGGAGAACUACAGGCACCUGUUGUCCCUGGGGCACUGUGUCGCCAAACCUGAGCUGAUAUUCAAGUUGGAGCAAGAAGAACCAUGGAUAGUAAAGGGAGAGUUCCCGAGUCAGAGCCAUCCAGAAGUCCAGAAAGUCAAUAACAUGAAAGAGAGAAGCCAAGAAAAUGAAGAUAUAUAUCCAAAGCAAGCUUUAUUCAGCAACAACAAAACAAUGACUAAGGAGAGAAGUAAAACCUUAGGAGAAGAAUUUAAUGUGGCCACAAACCCAGUGUCUUCAAGAAAAAUAUCUCAUAAAUGUGACUCAUUUGGAACAAACUUGAAAAGUGUUUCAGAAUUAAUUCUUAGUAAUAGAAUCCAUGCAAUAAACAAGCCCAACAAUUUCAACGGAUGUAGAAUGCACACAGGAGGAAAACCUGAUGAGUAUAAUGGAAGUGCGGAAGCCUUGCAGAAGUCAUGCCACACUCAAGAUGAGAGAACUCACAAAGGAGAGAAAAUCUAUGACUGUAAUAAAUGUGGGAAAUCCUUCCAUGAAAAGUCAUACCUCACUCAAAAUCAGAGUGUUCACAAAGGAAAGAAAACCUAUGACUGUAAUAAAUGUGGAAAAGUCUUCCAUAAGAAAACAGACCUUACUCAACAUCAGGGAACACACAUAGGGAAAAAACCCUAUGAAUGUAAUGAAUGUGGAAAGUCCUUCUUUGUGAAGUCCAACCUCACUGAACAUCAGAGAACUCACACAGGAGAAAAACCAUAUGAAUGUAAUGAAUGUGGGAAAUCCUUCUGCCAGAAGUCAGCCCUCACAGUGCACCAGAGAACUCACACGGGAGAGAAACCGUAUCGAUGUAAUGAAUGUGGGAAAACCUUUUGUGUGAAAUCAAACCUUACUCAACAUCAAAGGACCCACACAGGAGAGAAACCCUAUAAAUGUGAUGAAUGCUGGAGGUCUUUCUGUGUGAAGUCCAACCUUGUUGUACAUCAGAGAACUCAUACAGGAGAGAAACCCUACAAAUGUCCGGAAUGUGGGAAAACUUUCUAUGAAAAGUCAGCACUCACAAAACAUCAGAGAAUUCACACAGGGGAAAAACCCUAUGAAUGUAAUGAAUGUAGCAAAACCUUCAGCCAGAGGUCAGCCCUCACCAAACAUCAAAGAAGAACACACAAGAAGAAAACUCCUGUCAACACUCUCCAUGGGAGGGAGCCUGCAUGUACAAGUCAAACUUAUUGA